CAGGUAGCGGUAGGAUGAAGUCAGUGCCGCGCUCCGUACUGGCUGGACUCUGUGUGCUCGGUGCCGUGCUGUUGGCCAGUGCUGGCAGUGGGUUCCUCGGUGCCCGGCUCUUGCCUCGCUCUGUCCCGGACCCGUCUCCCCGGAGUCUCGGCUCCCUGCUCUUGCUCUCCCUCUUAGUUCUGGGGGUUUGGGCAUGGUGGGAGCUCUCCCGGCCAGUGGAGCUGAUCCGGAGCUCCGAGGAGGUGGGCUACAUCCCUGAGCGGGGCCGGGACAAAGCCCACACCGCCAACCAAGUGCGGAGGAGGAGGAAGAAGGGCGACCUACCCCCGGUCUACCCAAAUGGCUGGUACCAACUGCUGGACUCCCACCGCCUGGAGAGGGCCACCGUCCACAACCUCACCGUCUGCGGUGAGCAGGUGGCUGUAUACCGAACUGCGUGCGGCAGUGUGUAUGUUGUGGAUGCCUACUGCCCUCAUCUUGGUGCCAAUCUUGCUGUGGGAGGCAGAGUAGUUGGAGAUUGCAUAGAGUGCCCAUUUCAUGGCUGGCAGUUCCGCGGAAAAGAUGGAAAGUGCACCAAGAUACCAUAUGCUGAAAAAGUGCCUGAGUUUGCCAAGAUUAAGACCUGGCCAAGCUGUGAGAUAAAUGGAAUGGUGUUUGUAUGGUAUCACUGUGACCAUAUUGAGCCCACUUGGACCAUCCCUGAACUGGAGGAAAUCACCAGUAAGAAGUGGGUGUACAGGGGGCGCACCGAGCACCAUGUUAAUGCACACAUAGAGGAAAUACCAGAGAACGCAGCGGACAUUGCGCAUCUUGAUUUUCUGCAUGAGCCGAGCAUCCUGAGUGGGGUUGACUUGCGAUUCACAAAGUCAAAGGUGUGGGAAUUUCUGAGACACACGUGGAAGGUUCAGUGGGAGCCAGAGCCAGCCCCCAACAAGCAUUGUUCUAAAAUGACGCUCAAACAUGCCUCACUGGUUUUUGGGAAACAUUUCUCGCCGUUCGAUGUAGAUGUUGUUGCUCGUCAGGUUGGACCUGGAAUAGUGUUUUUGACCUUUAAACAUUCCUUCCUGGGACAAGGCAUAAUUCUACAUUGCGUCACCCCUGAGGAGCCUCUCCUGCAGAAAGUAUCACACAGCAUCUACUACCAGAGCAACAUCCCCGCCAUCGUCCCGAGAUGUAUUCUGAUGGCAGAGUGCACCCAGUUUGAACGGGAUGUGAUGGUCUGGAACAACAAGAAAUACAUCAGCAAGCCGCUACUUGUUAAAGAGGACUCUGCCAUUGCCAAACACCGCCGGUGGUACUCCCAGUUCUACAGUGACAACAGCCCUAGGCUUCACUUCCAAGAAGAUGGGCUGGAUUGGUGAAAAAUGAACUUUCUAUGCUCCCAUUAGUCUCCAUAUGCAAAACCCUUUUUUAUACCAAAGACUUUAUUAUAAUAAUGUUUGUAAUUGAGAAGAACUGUAAAUGUAAUGUGAAAUAUUUAUUUUUUUAUGACUUUUCCUUUUGGAAUUCUCAGUCCUGGUCAUGGAGGUUCCAGUCUGUGCCUAGGGUUGAUGUGGUGUUUUUUGCCAGAAUCAGCAUUUUGUAUAUGAAUGGCAUCAAAAGGUGCAUUUUUACUAAUUUUUGUUCGCUUUUCAAGAAAUGUAUCCACAAAUGUAAAUCUUGAAGUGAAAAUUUAGACUUCUUCUCCGGAAAGGUUAAGUGUCUCCUGCUUCAGAGGAUCUUCUCUUGAAAGAUGCAAGCCCUUCCUUGGCCACUUUCUGUACUGUAUGGGACAGAACUUGUGUCCUGUUCUGAGAUUGGUUUACAGGACACUGGCAUUCACAAAACGGCAAGCGGUUACCUCAGUGGCAGCAUGGAAAUGGUUAUGUGCAAUUUGUUUCUUAAAUGUUUGCCUAGAAGGAAGAUCAAUGUGCAUCUGGAUGGUGGAGGUACUAUAAUCACUAAAAUAUUGAAACCCCAGAAUUAAAAGGCUGGUUAUUUCUAUA